UGUGCGUACGUGACCUACAGCUGGUGUACAGGAGAGGGAGCCGAAGUCUGCCUUCGAGAGUCAGUGUAUGUAAAGGAAUAUCAAAUGAGCGGCGCCCGGGCCCUCUCUCCGGGGGAUGGAGAUGGCCAGGCCGGUGUACUGCUGGCAGCAGCCCCUGCGAGGGGGUUCCCCGACGGAGCUGGCCCUCCCCAGGAACCUCAGCAACGUCUCCAGGCGGUACUUCUCCGUUCAGCUGGCUGACGGAUUCGGGGAGGAAGCGGCUGGCAAGAGGAAGCCUGUGAGCAUCCGCCCGCCAGCCCCCCGAGAGCCCCCGUGCAGUAAGACCCCGAACGACUCGUCCCCCCACUGCGAGCCCAAGCCGAAACCCAUCAUCCGGAGGAGAGCUCGGUCGCUGCCCAGCUCUCCUCACAGGCGCCGGGGCUCUCUAAAGGACAGUGGCAGUCAGCGGGUGCGCUUUGUGGACUCUCUGGGGUUGGACCUGGCAGAAGUCAAGGUCUUCCGAGCUGGGGACGACCCCUCGGUGCCCCUGCACGUUCUCUCCCGGCUUCUGCUCAGCUCCGAGCUGGCCUCCGGGAGGCAGUUGGAGAUCCCCUUGCACUACCUGCAAGCGGACUACCCCGCCCAGCCCGGGGACCGCGUGGAUUUCCAUCAGCGCCUCCGUCACCAGAGGGUGUGCCUGGAGAGGGCUCUGUGCUCCGAGCUGGGGAUCACGGGCUCCGUGUGGGUCCUCAACCUGGCCUUUGAGAAGGAAGUCGGCCUACGCUAUUCCUUCACGGGGUGGAAGAGCAGCGCCGACACCAAGGCAUGCUGGGAGUCCAGUGUGCGUGAGGACAGGGCGGAUGGUGGCCCGGGCUCGGACCAGUUCAGGUUCCACCUGCCAGUGCCGCCCUUCAUCCUGCACCCCGGGGCCACCUUGGAGUUUGCGAUCUGCUACCGUGUUGCAGGAGCUGAAUUCUGGGACAACAACGAUGGGCGCAACUACAGCUUUACGUGCCACAGCUACAAACUGACGGUGCCCAAGGAGUGCGAAGACAGCUUGGUGCACUUCAUCUAAAGGUGAAACGGCGAUAUGGAUGUAACGCGCAGCGACGCAUCAGGCUCGUUAGGUUUGACAUCGAUUUCUUCACACAUACUGUAGUUCUUACUGUUUUUUUAUUAAACAAUUCAGAGAUGAGUGCUGCUGUUCCUGGAAAUCCACAAUCUAGAAGCUUGACGUGUAUCUUUAAAUCACCAAUUGUUAAAUACUAAGACCCAAAUUAGGCAAACCAGGUCUCUCACAGAGAAUUAAAAGGGCAGGCACAUUGAAAUAUGCACUUUCUUUAUCUGUCAAGCAGCCUGCACUGAGUAUUAUGUCUCUCACCUAAUGAUAUAGAGUUCCUAUUCAGAUCACAAUAACCUUUUGUAAAAAAAACAACAGGAAAUACAUUUUUAAUUAAGUACACUUAAAACAUCUUGCCUGUCCUGACAAUAAAGUUCUUAUGUUAUCAAGCCUAAUUAUACAUGACAUGGUUUUAGUUUGCUCUGGUCCUCUAGCCUGUUUGUUUUCUACCAGUAAUGCAAUAACAAAGGUCUUAGUAAAUCCGCUAUUUUUGAAUGGUUCUCUGUACUGCAUUAAAUGAGAUCUCCCCUGCUGUCCAGCAGAGUCUUCCCAUCA